AUAUUGAACUUGGUGACCCACUGUUGAUAACACUGAAUUGUGAGGUACAUAACAGGUAUAAAAGGAAAACACACAAUUCAUUUUUUCCAUAUGUCUAUUAUUCAUUCUAUUCCAGUGCCAAGAAGACUAUUGUGGUAGACAUGAGGACAUUCAUCGUACUUCUUCUUGCCGUGGCGGCAUCCGCCAGAUUGGCACCCCUUCUCACCCAAAGGAAUCGCAUUCCAGGACGUUACAUCGUCAAGCUGAAGAGCGGAGAGAAAGCUGAAGACAUGAUCUCUACCUUGAGCGGAGUGAACGUCCUUUACAAGUACAAGACUGUUUUCUCUGGAUUCGCUGCACAGCUUUCUGAUCGCAUGGUCCAGAAGCUCCGUGAGUCCCCUGCUGUGGAGUAUAUCGAAGAGGAUGGCGUUGUCUUCGCCAACUCAGUGGAGUCCUGGGGUCUUGAUCGUGUUGACCAGCUCAGUCUCCCACUUGAUGACGUUUACACACCAAUCGGUGAUGGCAAUGGCGUCGAUGUCUACGUCAUCGAUACCGGUAUCAAUGAAGGUCAUGUAGACUUUGGCGGAAGGGCGUUCAUCGGAUAUGACGCUCUUGGCGGAUCGGGUGACGACUGCAACGGUCACGGAACUCAUUGCUCUGGAACAGUAGCCGGAACCCUCUAUGGUGUCGCUAAAGCAUCCAAUGUGUAUGGUGUUCGUGUUCUUGGCUGUCUUGGCUCUGGAUCAUGGGCCGGUGUGGUCGAUGGUUGUGAAUGGGUUGCUGACAACCAUGACGGUCCCUCUGUUGCCUCCAUGUCCCUUGGUGGUGGAUCUAGCCAGAUUGUCGACGAUGCCGUUCAAUACAUGGUGGACGCAGGUAUCACAGUCGCAGUAGCCGCAGGAAACGAUAACAGCGAUGCUUGCAACACCUCACCUGCUCGUUCAGCAACAGCUAUCACUGUCGGAGCAACAGAUAGUACCGAUACCCGUGCAACCUUCUCCAACUACGGUCCUUGUGUUGAUAUCUUCGCUCCAGGAGUAGCCAUUACUUCCACCUGGAUCCGUAGUGAUGACGCCAUCAACACCAUUAGUGGUACCUCUAUGGCCUGCCCACAUGUAGCUGGUGCUGCUGCUAUUAUGAUUGGUAUGGACCCUAACAUGUCCCCCAGUGAAGUUAAAGAUGCCAUGCAACUGAAAUCCAUCGCCGAUGCUGUCAUUGACCCCAGAACAGGAUCACCAAACCUCCUGCUUUACGUUGGUGAAGGAAGCGGGGGUGGCUUCAUCCCUGAGCCUUACGUCCCAGUAGGCUGCGGUGGCUACUUCAACGUGUCUGGUGGUAGCUUUGCUAGCCCUAACUAUCCAGACCAGUACGACGAUGGAUCAAACUGUGACUUUAUCUUCAAGGCCCCAGAAGGCGAGGUCGUCAUCGUAACCUUCAACGAUUUCGAUCUUGAAGACGGCGCUGGAUGUCAAUACGAUGUCCUUCAGAUCUACGAUGGACCAAGUGCAUCAGCAACUCUUCUUGGAGAGUACUGUGGAACAGACAGUCCAGGAAUCGUAAGUAGCAGCGGUAAAGACAUGUUUAUCAGAUUCACCUCAGACUCUUCCAUUACUCGCACUGGAUUUUCAGCGGUCUACCGAUUUGGCAUUCCACCCUCACCUCCUGAAACCGGAGAUUGCGGUCAUACUUUCACAGGAAAGAAUGGACUCUUCUCAUCUCCUAACUAUCCAAGUAACUAUGGUAACAAUGAAGACUGUGGUUUCCUCAUCCAGGGAGAAGUAGGAGAGGUUGUCUCAUUGGCCUUUGAUGACUUUGAGCUCGAGCAACAUACUACAUGUGGUUAUGACUCCGUUGAUGUCCAUGACGGUGAUAUGAAUGGUCCUAUCUUGGACAAGCUUUGCGGACUCAAUCUUCCAGGCGUGGUUACAUCCACACAAAGUUCGAUGUAUGUCAGGUUUACAAGUGAUAGCUCGGUUACUCGAAGGGGAUUCUCAGCGACAUACGCAAUCCUGUAAUCUAAAAUGGUAUUCAAUAGUAUUGCAUAAAUAUAUCAAAGGUAUUUGUCUGUUCUAGGGGAGGGGGUGGGUGUCAAAAUUGAGCUAUAAUGUCAAGAAACUCAUUAAUAUAUUGCAGUUACCCAGAUAAAAUUGAAAUCAAUAAAUGUGCAAUGACAAACAGA